AUGGCGGACAUAGUGAAGCAGAUCCUCGCGAAGCCGAUCCAAUAUGCGGACGAGGUGAUCAAGCUUGCGGAUCAGGCGAGUUUCAUGAAGGCGGAAUGCGGGGAGAUCAAGGUCAGGACCGAGAAGCUCGCCGGCCUCCUCCGCCAGGCCGCGCGAGCCAGCGGCGACCUCUACGAGCGCCCCACGCGCCGGAUCAUCGACGACACCGAGCAGGUCCAGCAGCAGCUCGACAACUCCAUCGGAGAUGUCUCCUGGCUCCUCCGCGUCUCCGCCCCCGCUGACGACCGCGACGAUGAGUACCUCGGCCUGCCCCCCAUCGCCGCCAACGACCGCGACGAUCCGGAGAGUGUGGAGCACAUCGUCAACGCCGGCGUCUGCCAGGUGGUGGCGAAAAUCCUCAAGGAAGGGCACAUGAAGGUGCAGAUUGUGGUGGCGUGGGCGCUGUCGGAGCUCGCCGCCAACCACCGCAAAUGCCAGGAUCCCUUCGCGCAGCACAACGUCAUCCGCCUCCUCGUCAGCCACCUCGCCUUCGAAACCAUCCCCGAACACAGUAAAUACGCCAUAGCCAGCAAGCACUCCAUGAGCUCCAUCCACUCCAUUGUUAUGGCGAAUUCAACCCCAAAAAGCAGCGACGAAGGUGAAGAGAAGCACACGAGCGUUACCAAUCACCCCAUGGACAACCAAAUGCCUAGCCAAAUGCACAACAUCGUCACCAACACCUUGGCGAUGAAAUCCACCAUGUUGCCUAACAAAGGCGCCGCCGGCUCCCCGAGCCACUCCGACGCCGGCGAAAAAAGCGGCAAAGUUAGUAAGCAGCAAAACCAGUUCAUCAACCACCACCACAAGCACAAGAUGGUGCUUGUGGUACGGAAGAAAUCUGGUAGAUGGACUCCAAACCCUACGGCGACGUGGAGACGGGUCUCGGCGGCGGUCCGUGCGGCGGCAGUGGCGGCGGCGGCCUCGAGUUGUGUGGGACGAGGGAAGCGCGGGGACGGAGGUGAAUAUUAG